AAGAAUACACAUUUACACUACUGAGCCCGUGGAUACUGUGAACACAGAAAGCUGUCUAGCCAGGUUAGGGACGAACCGUCAACGCGAGAAUGAGCAAAUCAAACCAGGAUGUUGACCUGGAUAUGCGAGAAUCGCAACACACCCUCGUCAGUGACGACGAUGAGGACACAGUCGCCGUCUCCUCUGCAAGACGGGCCUCUCGGACCUCGAUUGCGAGCACUUCGGUCUCUAUCCAAAGUGUAGCAGCUGAACGAUCGACCUACUAUGAUGGAGACCACCGUCGUAACUCUACCGCUUCUAUUGCGACUGCUUUCCAAGAGACGUCCGCACGUGUCGCCGACAGACGCCGUCGUGGUGCCGCAGCAUCUAAAGAAGAGCACAAGCCCAAGAAUAAGGCUGAGGUGAAGGAGGAAGAACUUGUGAACCGUGAAGUUCAGAUGGAUGAUCACAUCAUCUCGGCCGAAGAGCUUGAAGGUCGUCUCGAGACUGAUUUCAAAAAGGGUAUCACUGUCGCAGAGGCUGAGCGUCGUAUUGAGAAGUACGGAUUUAACGCACUGACCCCACCGGAGCAAACUCCUAAGUGGAUUCUGUUUAUGCGCGAGCUUACCACGCCCUUCGCACUGGUGCUUUGGGCUGCGGCACUUCUGUGUUUUGUUGCUUUCAUUGUGCAGCAGACUGGCAGUGAGGGUUACACAAAUCCACUUGGAAACGAGUACGAAAAUUUGGUUGUAGGUGUUGCGCUUGUUUUAGUUGUUUUAGUGACCGCUAUCUUCUCAUUUGUACAAACCGUGAAAUCUGGUGAUGCCAUGGCCGGUUUCGCCGCAAUGGCACCUCAAAACACCACUGUCAUUCGUGGUGGAGAAUUGAUGACGCUUAGCGCAAAGUUUGUGGUUCCAGGUGAUAUAGUUAAGAUUAUCAGUGGCGACAAAAUCCCUGCAGACGUACGUAUCAUUGAAGCCACCAACAUGAAGGUCGAUAACGCUUCGUUGACUGGUGAAAGUGAACCUCAAACUCGUACCGAGAAGACCACGCACGACAAUCCUUUGGAAACUUCUAAUUUGGCAUUCUCAGGAACCUCAUGCGUCGAAGGAAGCGGAAUUGGAGUGGUUAUCUACACGGCUGAUGACACCGUCAUCGGCCAGCUCGCCAAUCUCGUAUCUGGAGCUGAAGAGGAGGAUACUCCCAUGAUGGUAGAAAUCAACUCUUUCGUUAAGUGGAUUACCAUCUUUGCUGCUUCCCUAGCUCUUAUCUUCUUGGUUGUUGGUUUAGUGCGAGAUGGCGUGGAUACUUGGUCUUCUCUUAUUGUUAUCAUCAUUGGUAUUGUUGUCGGAACCGUGCCCGAAGGUCUACCUUCUGCCGUGGCCGUAUCUCUGGCCCUAGCAGCGUCUCGUAUGGCCGCAAAGAAUGUAUUGGUGACUGAACAGCUGUCUGUUGUUGAGACUCUAGGACGUACUACCAUCAUCGCUUCCGAUAAGACGGGUACACUAACCCAAAAUCGAAUGACUGUUUCUCACGUUUGGACCGACAUGGAUCUACUCAGUGCCGAUACUCUUCAGGCCAAUGGAGUCAAGGAUCGUAUGGUUGCCGAAGAUUCCUCUUUCAAUGAUCUUUACAAGAUUGGUGCUCUUUGCUCUAGAUCAGAGUUUGCUGCCGGUCAGAAUGAGGUCGCCAUCCUUGACCGUGAAGUUAUUGGUGAUGCAUCUGAAACUGCUAUUCUGAAGUUCUGUGAACUGCUUGCGCCCGUAUCUACCAUCCGUACUCACUGCCCGAAGGUAGCAGAGAUUCCUUUCAACUCUACCAACAAGUUCCAAGUAUCAAUUCACUCUUUGCCGAAGAAGGACAAGCACAACGCUGCUCAUAUCCUCGUGAUGAAGGGAGCCCCCGAGAGAAUUUUGGAUCGAGCUACUAGGAUUGGUAUUAAGGGCAAGGAAUGUUCUCUUGACGCUGAUGUACGUGCUAAAUAUGACACCGCUUACCUACAGAUUGGUAACAUGGGAGAGCGUGUUCUUGGUUUUGCUUACCUGUAUCUUGAUGCUGCCGAAUUCCCUCUUGGUUUUAACUUCGAUACCGAGAAUGUCAACUUCCCUCUAGAGGAUCUUGUGUUCGGUGGUCUUAUGUCAAUGAUUGAUCCUCCUCGAGAGUCUGUCCCCGGAGCCAUUCAGCAGUGCCACAAGGCUGGUAUCAGAGUUGCUAUGGUGACAGGUGAUCACCCCGUCACUGCUCAGGCCAUCGCUCGUACUAUCGGUUUGCUUACACCUGAAGGUGAGGCAUCAGGCCGCGCUGUUGUGAUUCAUGGAGAGUCCCUGCUUAAGAUGACUGAGGCCGAACUCGACGUAGCUCUGCGCCACGACGAGAUUGUGUUCGCCCGUACUUCUCCUGCACAGAAGCUUCGUAUCGUCGAGGGUUUGCAGCGUGCCAAUCAUAUCGUAGCUGUCACUGGCGACGGUGUGAAUGACUCGCCUGCUUUGAAGAAGGCAAAUGUUGGAGUUGCUAUGGGUAUCGCAGGGACUGAUGUCUCAAAGGAUGCUUCCGAUAUUAUUCUUCUGGAUGACAAUUUCGGAUCUAUUGUCAACGGUAUCGCUGAGGGUCGUGUGAUCUUCGAUAACAUGAAGAAGUCCAUCGCCUACACUUUGUCGUCUAAGGCUCCCCAGUUGAUUCCUUACAUCUUCUCGUUCUUCCUUUGGUUGCCCCCACCUCUAAACGCUCUUCUCAUUCUGUCUAUCGAUAUUGGUACCGAUCUGCUACCCGCUAUCUCUCUUGCCUACGAGGUGGCUGAGUCCAGUGUUAUGGACCGACCCCCACGUGGCGACUCUUCACGCGAUAAGUUGGUGACCAUUGCGUCGAUCAUCUACUCGUAUGCAUUCCUGGGUAUCUUACAGUGUAUUGCCGGAUUCACCUCGUACUUCAUCCUUUUCGGAACCGGUUGUGGUAUCCAAAAUGGUGGUUGGUCGUUUGAUUCUAUUUGGUUGAGCAAUGGAGAGGACUUCAUCUACAGCGAAGCUGAUAUGACUGAUUCUGAAGGUAUAGUUUGGACCCAGGAAAAUAGAUUGGAUCUAUCACGUUGCGGUACAUCUGGAUACUUUUCCACUGUUCUGAUCGUACGUAUGGCCGUGCUAUUGACCACUAAGACUGUCGAGAGGUCACUUUUCAAGCACGGUCUGAAGUCGAACAAGGUGCUUCUAAUCGGUCUAGUAGAGAUUGUCUUUAUUCCUCUAUUCUUGGUGUACGUUCCUGGAAUCCAAUGGGUGUUCGGUACAUACCCCAUUCCUUGGUAUUCCUGGUUGGUGCCUUUCCCAUACAUGAUGCUAUGCCUGGGAUUGGACGAGUGGCGUAAAGCUGCCAUCCGAAGAGGUGGAUGGUCCAGUCGUAACUUGCGUUUCUAAAUUGAGACAUGGCAUUGCGUUGUUCGAUAUUUGCUCGCACAUAAGCGUCAACAAAGUAAGCGGAGUAAGCUUUAGGAAGAUAGGUAAACAUCAUUAGUGCCGUGGGAAUGGUGAAUGGCUUGUAUAUGUAUCUAGGAAAACACUGGAUAAUAAAGUUCGAUACUAAAAACAUUGGCA